ACAUAGUACAUAGCGUGGAUUACAGGCGCACGCCACAUGCACAACGCCCGGCACAACGCCCAGCAAUGCCAGAGUGAAGUUUCAUUGCUUGCUUAUGCGCUAGCGUUGCGCGCGCCUGUCAAUCACGUACGAUACACAUUCGUUCACAGAAAGUCCGAAGUAACAUCAAUUAAAACUUUCCAUUCUGUGCGUUUUCGUGUAAUUAGUGAAACAUUUAGCAGUUCAACACUCUUAUAGACGUACUGAGUUUUAAAAGUUUCAACCAGAACCACUGGAACCAUCGUGAUUACAGAUAGUUUUACCACAAACCGGGAGAAACGACUGCAAGCAUACCACCGAUUACCACUUCGGUCCCAGCCAUUCAGAUUCAUGUUACUUUCUGUGCUGAUGGUGACUCCAACCUUUUCGAUUUUGGUAUCAUCUGACUUUCUAGUAGUUUUCUGGGAGUCACUAAACCACUUGACAGAAAUUAUUUCAUACUUAUGACAUUUAAAAGGGACUAGUCUAGAAAAGUAAAAUAGAGAGGCAAAGUCGAAGUCAAGAACAAUAUUCCAAUGACAGUCAAACUCAAAGACAAGUGACAAAUCAAAACUUUUGUGAUUUGACAAGUCAAAAGUAAACUUGCGAGUUGCGAACCCGUUAGAAAGCAUCUUGACAAGUUUUGCGAUACACAAACUUCGUCAUGAUAUUAACAGUGAAAAUACUACAAGCACCUGGGAAAGAGUGUAGAAUAGAGGUAACAGAUGCGGAGUCAAUUGUGUCAGUGAAGCGUAUGGUGGCGAGAGAAUUUGAUGUGCCUGUCCAUCUUCAAAGACUAGUAUUCCGAGGGAAAACUUUAGCAGAUGGACAGAGUCUAGACUUCUACAAGAUAGGUCCUGGUACCAAGAUUCAUCUAGUUGUUCGUAGACCUGAGACAGAUACAGAUCCAACCAGUGUGAAUACUUUAGGAAAUUGCACAGCUCUAUGGGAUCAUGUUUCAACCAUUCUUGCGAGACAUUAUACAAAUUCAGAUGCAGAACAGAUAUUAGAAUCAUUUAAGAAAGAAUUUUCUACGAGCAUGACCAACCUGAGUCUAGAUGAUAUAGAGAGGAUAGCACAGUCCAAGCUUGAGGCCUUAGAUAGAGCUGGUCCAUCUAGCUAGAACUAACCUAUAUGUAGCUUCAUAAAGAUGCAUUUGUUCUCAUGGCCACCGUAUCAGACAUUAUGAAGUACUUGAAGAAGUUAUUAAAUGCUGACCUGUGUUUUUAGAUGACUUUUUAGACCUUGAUGGCAUGGUGAGCUAUCAGUAACUUAAAGCUUUUGAAAUGGUACUGUACUUCAUGUACCAACAUGUGAGGAGGCGGCUGCAAUUCUUUUUUCAAUACGCUGUGUGCAUAUGAGAGUAUGAGGAUUAUCACCAAUUGAUGGUUGAGUGCUGGAGGAGCAAGAAAAAAAACUUAUCAUCUGUCACUUGAACAUGGGCCCGAAGAAAGAAUCUUAUCAUUAAUGGUAACCUUUCCCCAUCAGUGAUUACUGUGAUGGUAAUACUGCUGGACAGGACAGUGAAUCAAAACCCAAGUAAUAUGUAGAAUGCUGUCAUUGAUGGCAAAGUUACAAUACAUGGUGAGUUUGUGCAAAGGGGUACCGUUAGGGAUUAAGAGUAAUAUUAUUUAUAUUAAGGUAAUUGAAGACAUGCCAUCUUCUUUAAAAGAAAAUUCUUUGUUAUACAUCUUCGCCCAGUAUCGAUAGGAACUUGUGUGAUUAUAUUGCUAUCCCCUUAACUGGUUUGUCUCGCCUGCAUAGCAGAGUGAGACUAUAGGCGCCACUUUUCUGACGGCGAUGGUGGCGGCUUCCUCAACAUGGAAAUCCUAAAUAAGGUGAGGAAGUAUAUGGACCCAGUUGAUGACACUUGGACAUAAGGGUAAUCAAGUAUUACUGAACACCCUGCCUGAGUUUCAGGUGACAUGACCAAGGUCAAAGGUCAUUUAGGGUCAAUGAACUUAGACCAUGUUGAGGGAAUCAAUAUCAAAAUCUUAACGAAGUUUAAGUUUUUGUCAUCAUAACUUUGAACUUUUAUGGAUCUAGUUAAUGAAACCUGGACAUAAGAGCAAUCAAGUAUCCCCAAACAUCCUGUGCAAGUUUCAGGCCACAUGACCAAGGCCAAAUGUCAUAUACAUGUAGGGUCAAUGAACUUUGCCCAUGUUGGGGGAAUUAGUUGAAUUGCCAUCAUAAAUUUGAAAGUGUAUGGAUCUAGUUAAUGAAACUUGGAUUUAAGAGCAAUCACAUAUAAGAGAACAUCCUGUGCAAGUUUCAGGUCACAUGGCCAAGGUCAUGGGUCAUUUAGGGUCAAUGAAAGUAUUUCAUUAUCAUGUGAAUUGUGUUUUCUUUUUGAAUAAUUAUUCAAUAGUUGUUUUCAAAGUCAGCACUGCUGCUAUAUUGAAUGGUGAAAUACAGGCGAGACUGCCAGAGGCGCUCCACUUGUUUAGGUAUAAAAAGAGAGUAGAUUCUAUUGCAAAGAUAUUGGGGGUUAAAUGCAUUUUCGAUUUCUCUAAAUGAAUUUAGCUUGAGUAAAGAAUCGAUUCAUUCACUAAUUUUAGCAAAUAUAUGAUCAAUAUAUUAUUGAUUUUCUCACACUCUCACAGUGAUAACAAGAGAAGGAAACUAAUGACCAGUUUCAUAAAAAAAUUGAAUGCAUGUAGCUACAUUCAAAAGAUUAAGUGAGCAAAUUUGUGAUACAAUUCCUUGAAAUUUAUGAUGAUGUGCUAGCCUUAUAAUUAAAAGUGUGUGCAGGGUGCUACAUAAGCACUUGUAAAGCACAAGUAAAAGCUACGAGUCGGGCUAGUGUUUUGAAGUAAAGACCAAAACUACUUGCCCAAAUUGGGCAAGCGAAAUUCUCACAGAAUGACCAAAAUAAGGGUCGAUAAAAUGAUAUUGACCGUAAUUUUGGUCAUGGCAGGCAAGAUAAAAUCACUUUUGAAAAAGAAAUGCAAUAACAAGGUAGAUCAGUUCAUGUCAAAAGAGAGAAAAGGUCAAUGGUUUAUAAAACCGCAAAACUUUCUUUUGAAGAGGUAAAACUUUUUUUUUAUAGGAUUUUUUUGGGCAAGUAUAUUCCAACUAUUUAACUUCUAAAAAGCUAUGUAGCACCCUGGUGUGUAUGUCAAUCAAAAUAACUAAUUGGCUGACAUGUUGGUCACAUCCAUUGCUUUUGAAUCAUUUACAUGUAACUCACAUCUCGCCUUCAGGGGCAGGCAUUCUUCAGAAAAUCCUGUUAGCAUAAAGAUGGUGUUAGCUGACACAAUUGGUAUUCAGUGUUAGUAUGAAAAACAUGUGGCCCCAGUCGAAACACCAAACUGAAGAUUGAAUAACGCAUGCAUAGCACAGUUUUUCAGAUUACUGAUUUGGAGGUGUGUUAGGGGGAUUUUAAAUCAGAUAUACAUGUAACACGAUAGAUAACAUGAUAUUCAGAUUAUCGGCCCAGGAGGGGAUUUUUAAGUUGAUCAUGUGAAUUGCCCGGUGUGGUUAUACUGUUUGCAAUUGAAUCUUAUUUUGAUUACAGAUUCUUUAUUAUAGUAACAACUAAUUCAGCAGCCAUUACCCUUAUUAAACAAGGAGAAGCCAGUCAAAUAUCAGGGCUUAUUUUAAGAACCAACAUCAACAACUGUUACCUUGCCCCACCCCCCCCCCCCUUUACCUAAUUGAUUUUUUUUUCUUCUUUUCAAGGCUUGCACGUCUUUUGAUACAUAUUUUAUUAACAACAAACAUGGGGCCUGAUGGUCACAUUUCAUUUUCUAAUAGCAUGUAGCUUAAAAUAACAUUUUACAGAAGAAUUUAUUUUAUGUACAAACUGGAGGAAAAUAUUGAUUUUCAUAAAUUGUUUUUGAUUCACAUCCUUAGCCAUUUUAUUCAUCCUAGGGCACAUUCAGUAAUGAUACUCUACAUUCAUGUAUACUGUAUAUAAAAAUAAAAUAUCACAAUUUAGAGUACAUCUAUACCAGAUAAUCAACUAAAAGUCUAAGCAAUGAAAUGUUAACAUUCAAGUUUGACAUUUGUUUGUUAAUUACAAAUUUUUCUCAAUGCAUUGUAUUAACUGUUUCAAAAGAUUUGUCAUCAACUUUAUCCUAAGCAGAAAGAAAUUCAUCCAUCUCAUUUGCCUAAUUUUCAAAAUGCACACAAAUAUGACAACUUGGGUAACCAAUCACACAUAAAUGUGAAAUAGGUAUAUGUUUUUAUAACAUUUCCAUCACCAUUGAUAGGAGUUCUUAUGUUUUUCUUGCUCUCUUCAUAUUCAUAUACUUUAAAUGUGGUUCAAGUCCCCCAUAAGCCUCACUUUCAAACUUGGGGUUUGUUUAUUACUGUCCCUCCUUGGGAGUUCCACUCUUACGGAACCUACUUCCUGAACUACAUUUACAUGUAAAAUAUGUUUUGUUUGGUAUAUUCAAUCUAUUCAUGCAAGAAGUAAUCUCUUCCAUGAAGGGAUAUCACUGCUUAUCUAAUCAUAUUUAUUUGGAUAAUGAAUAGUGCAAGCUACAUGCAAGUGAUUAUUUCCUUUUAUUCCUUUAAUAAAGAAAUAUUACACUUUUUUAAAUGGUUAUAAUGCAUAAAUGUAUGUCAAACACAGAAUUGCCCAAUACCCUGUAAACUGUCACCUUGUAUAACUUUGCACCCACUAAAUGAUCAAGAUUUUUUUUAAACAAAUAUCUUUUGCAAUAACUUGAGGGUCAUAGUAAGAUUUAAUUGGCUACAACAUUUGUUUGAUUACGCUUUCUCAAAAGUCAGUCCUGUGUUGUUACACAAAUUUCAGUAUUUGAUAAUAUGUUAACCAUAUUUGUGUACAUAUUAUAUUUCUUUUUGUUUGUUCUGGAUAGGUCUUCAAGAUUAUAUAAUUGCAUGCAAGUUGCUGCAUAUCAAUUCGUUAUUAUAAGUGAAAUUUACUUUGGUAACACAGCAUAGGUGGCUGCCUUUGUAAUCAGAAUCCAAACAAAUCUUUGAGUCUGUAGAUAAUUCUUUGUUCAUGAAGGCCUUAUCAUUUUUAGAAACUGUAUUGAAGGGGGUUCAUUAAGCUUAAAACAAUUUAAAGAGGGUUAUUAUUUAUAUAAUUUUUCAAGCAGUAAUUUUGAACUGUUAAGGAGACCUUUCGUUCAGUCUUUUGUGUUUUUUCUGAGAUUCUUAUCCACCAUGCUGCUUACUGUAUGUUCAGAGUUAAGCUUUGGGUUAUAUUGGGUCAAAAAAACUAUUUAAAAAAACUCUUAGGUAAUUACUGCACACACAAUUUUACUUCAGUCCGGAUCUUUUAAAAUGAAAUUUCAGGAAAACCCGCUGGCGUGACAUGAGUGAUGUUGAAGGAAAUACUGGACAAUUUUUAUUUCAAACUUACCAAUCUCUUUUAUAUCUUGACAUAUGUCUUUAAUUUAGAAAGUUUUUGAACAUUGUAUUGAAAUUGAAUAUUUUUAUGAUAAUCAUAAAAUUAUCAUAUAAACUUCCUGAAUUUCAUAUUGUAGGAACAAAGUCUUGAAUUUUUCUUCUUCAUGAUUUUAUGUGGGGGGUGCUUACUUUUCCUGAUAUUUUCAUAGUCUUGUAAUGUUUUCUAAAUUUAAGUUUUACUUCUGUCAUAUUCAUUCCUUCAUUGUAUUGUUGGUGUUCACUACUUGAGUUUUAUCUUAUACUAUACAGAUAUAUGUUCUGAAUUGGUUUUUCUUACUUUUCUUAUCAAGAUGUAAAAAAAAUGAACAAAACAUUUUUUUUUUCUUCAUAAAAUUCCAAGUUAUUUUCAUGUAUGUUUUCAGCAAAUUGAAUGUAAUGUAAUAAGUUAUUGGUAAAAGAAAAAUACAGCCAGUGAUAUAAGAUUUGAAUAGAAACUGAAAAAUGAGAGGAGUAACGUGAAAGUCAUAGUAAGAGCAUAAUUUUUUUACAUACAAUGCUUAUGUACAAUUUACUUACUGUACAAUUAUUACUCUUUGAGUCCAUGUGUGAUUGAAUUUUUUGUAAGGGGAGAUUUAAAUUUUCAUUCUUUUAGAACUUAAUGAAUUGGAGAUUAAUUUGAAUGAUCGGUCACAGAUUUGCCCAUGUGCUUAAAACUAAAAAAAUCCAUCUGAAAGCAAUUUUAACUUAUCACAAUUGUGUUCUUCUAAGGAUCCUGUCACUAUUUCUUUAAUUAUUUUCAUUUAAGUCAAUAUAUCCCCCAGUUCCUGUGCAAGGUCACACAGAAAUAAAUGACAUAAUUCCGAUCAACCAGAAUGGAAUAGUUUUGAAUUGAUGUGGAGUUUUGUCCGGCACUGUGAAUGAGAUUGAUUGUUAUUAAAUGCCAAUUAUAAUCAUCAACUAAAAUUGAACUUUGUUCCACACAUUCUGUUGGUGUUUGUUGUCAUUUAAUUCAGGGAGAAUUUGGCAGCUGCCUGAACUUGGAGGGGCAAUGGAUACCCCUUCCUUUAUAGGAUUUUGGUUUGUUGAUGUAAAUUAUUUUGAAAGUCAAUAUAAAUAUUCCUUGUUUCUACAGGACAUACAUGUACAUUAUGUAUGUUAUUGUUUUCAUUUUUUUAUAUAAGAACUGACAUGUUUAUGAACUAUGAAAUAAAUUGCAAAAUGUAUAAA